UCACCUGAACACAAAUUCUGUAAAGCAGAUCUAAACCUAACAAUUUAAAAUGUUACUAAACCCAAGACCCUGUAUUCACUAUAUCUGGUCUCCCACAGACCCUGCAUGCACUAUAUCUGGUCUCCCACAGUACACAUAACACGGAAGUGCAAUUCCUUUAGUAAAUAUAACAAGGCUAAAUACCUUUUCUCAUCAGCCGUAUAUAGCAGUCUUGUGACUUCUAUCAGUCUCCAGUCAAGCACUGGUUAAAGCUUAUAGGAGUUUUCAUUUUGCUCUAG